CGACACAGUCAUGGUUUCGUCGGAGGCUUCAAGCCAAGCGCGAGUGGAGCCACUCGCAUAACAAUUUGUCUCGUACGUAGAGACUCCAUACUCCAAAAACCAUCUUCACGUGUAAAAAAUUAUUCUAAUUCCCAGUUAAUAUAAACAAUAAGCCCAAAGUGCCCAGUGAAGUGACUUAUGUAGACAAAGAAAAAUGUAACAUGGCGAUGGUUGCGUCAAACAUGAGUGGCCACAUACAGAAGCAACUCACCAGGAGUCUGGAGAGAAUCCUGGAGGAGGCACACCUCAGCGGUGAGCUAAGACUCAGCGGUCGAAAGCUCAAGGAUUUUCCCAAAGUAGGAAAAACCGGUGGAACAAAAUACAAUCUGUCCGAUACAAUAAUCGCAGAUUUAUCGAAAAACCGCUUUGGUGAGCUGCCUGAGGAGGUCACAGAGUUUCCAUUUCUGGAGAAACUUCACCUGUACCACAAUGCUAUACGGGUCAUACCAGAGACUGUUGUUAUGCUCCAGUCACUAAGCUAUCUCGAUCUCAGCCGAAAUCAGUUGACGUCAUUGCCACGGGAGGUAUGCAGACUUCCCCUGCAAACUCUCCUGGUUGCUCACAAUCGUCUGGUAUCAUUGCCAGAGGAGCUUGGUAGAAUGACAGCACUAGCUGAGUUGGAUGCCGGUUGCAAUGAGAUUGCUAGUCUACCACCCAGAAUCGGGGAUUUACCGAGGCUCAGAUGGCUGGAUCUUAGGAAUAAUAUGCUGGUACAUCUGCCUAUUGAAUUGACGUACCUGAGACUUGUGAAAUUGGAUAUAAGUGGUAAUCGCAUAUCAGUACUCCCAAACGAAUUAAGAAAAAUGAAGAGCCUGGUGGACCUGAGACUAGCCGAUAAUCCUCUCACCUCGCCACCUGCCUCGCUGUGCAUUCGCGGGCGAACACACAUAUUCAAAUAUUUAGAGAGACAGGCGGCGAAACACGAGAGGGCAAGAUCGGGAAGAGUGAGGAGAAGCCCAUUGGAGGCAAGAGGGCAUGCCACCCUGGACACACGAUCCCAUAGGCGUCACAAUGUCGAUAGUGGUUACAGCACAAGCGAUGGGGUUGAUAAGCGCUGGUCGCAAGAAAUUCACAGUGGGGUAAAUGAAACUGACUCGAGAAGUGGAUGGCGACAAGAGUGCUCACCACUCUCGAUUACCUUGCCUCAUGAUAUCAGUGUCAAUGGAUCAUUCAGUGGCACAUCGACACCCAGCACUAUAUCGCCAGGAGAACGCACCUCUCUCGAAGAUGAAUUGGGAAAAGCUAUGAUACUUCACGAUCAACUGCAGAAGAGACGAUUAGAGCGUAGCGCCUCGGAAAAUGGGACUGAUAACAAAAGACCAAUGGCUCCUGCGCUUCACAACAACUCAAUCACCCCACCAGGAAAUUUGGAGUCAAGUGGACUUUUAAACCCAUCACCGUCACUGGGUCCGUCGCUCCAGUCGAGUCAUAGUGUGACAGCUUCUCCCAUAAUAAAUGGGGAGGAGAAGAGGCCCUUGAACCAUACUCAAACGUACAGAGAGUACAAGGAGGCACUGAGACAACAGAGAGCUAACGAGGGCUCGAGUGUCUAUCGACCGAAGGAGCAAAUAACUCCACCAGGCAACGAAUCACAGGGCAACGAACCAGACAUAAACACGAGCGACGGAAUGUUGGGGAAUAAGCAAAUAUUUAAUGAUGAAAAUGGCACGAAAAGACCAGUGCAAAAAGUUACUCCCUCGCGAAUCCAAAAUUAUAAUAAUUCACCGAUUAUCAAUGGCAGUAAUCUCGAGUACAAUGGGAAGAACGGAAAGUACCUGGAGCAACCGUACAAGAAACCAAACUCUCCAGUCAAAGGUUCGAGUGGAAUUUUGUCCACGAAUUCCAGUCCUGCACAUGCCACGAGACUCGUUAAAACUAAUGUUAGUUACGUCGAGGAUCAUAGUAAGAGCCCCAACAGGAACAAUCUGAGUCCAAAAUCUCCCAGGACUGUUACUUGGAACAGCAAUAUGCCCGAGAAAUAUUCGUUCACAAUGAGGAGAGAGUUCGAGAGAGCUAAAGAGGAGGCUGAUUUGAUUGAUCAAUUGAGAAGUAAUAUCGAAACCAGAUUGAAGAUGGCUUUGCCUGAGGACUUGGCACCAGCCCUGACAGAUGGUGUUGUUCUCUGUCAUCUUGCGAAUCACGUCAGGCCUCGUUCUGUUGGAAGUAUUCACGUUCCAUCACCUGCAGUUCCAAAACUCACAAUGGCCAGAUGUAGACGCAACGUGGACAACUUCCUCGAGGCCUGUCGAAAAAUCGGAGUUGACGAGGAGGUGUUAAUGGAUGCGGAUGCAAUCAUGGACGUGGGUUACAUGAACGCGUGCGGGCUCCCGGCUCUGGCGUGUCUCGUGUCAACUCUUCUUCCAUUGCGACGCGGUGAAGAGGCUAACGAAGAGCCAGUCCCAGGUUCACAUCGUACGAUACAGGAGCGCGUCCUAACCGCGAUGCUUUUAGCUGUAUUUUUAUCAACAUUGGUUCUGCUCUAUAUCUUCCCAGUGCCUGAUUAGAUAAUCCCAGGCGAUUUGAUGUGAUUUCAUCAGAGUCAACUUUAUAAUUAUCAAAAUACUUAAAAAUCCAUCUACUGAUUCUUCGAUUCAGAGAAUUCUUUUGAACACUUUUGAGGCACCUCGUGAUGGAGGAUUUCAGUUUUGUUAAUUAGUGCAGCUUUGAUAAUUUAGUGAAUUCGUUAUGGAGAAAAAGUUUCUAGAACAGAAAAAGUUGGAGAAGACAAUUUUCCAUAAUAAUUAGAAAUAGAAGAAUCGGUUGAAUUGAAAAGAAUUAAAAGUCGAUGGUUCUUAAUCACUUUGUUAUCAUGAAAUCAAUGGCUUCCAGAAGCUUGAGCUAUACUUAAUUGUCCCAAAUUAUUUUUUUUCUGAAUCUGGAAUCUCUUUUUCUCUGUAAUGAAAUGCACCAUUUGGCUUACGAUGGCCUACGAAAGUGUUUCAUACGCGAUAACUAUCGAAUUACUUAAAAAGGUGCUUAAACAACAAGGCUGUUACUUUAGGUUGUUUAUUAUCAUCAGAAAUUUAAUUGUACUUGAAUUUUGAGGCAUUUACCUAGUGCUGCAACUGCGGUUGUGCAUUUAUUUGUUUAAUUUUUAAUCAAAGACAGCAUUUGCUAGAUGUAGGGUAAUUAGUGGAAAUAUCGUAGGUGUUUUUCAUCAUGAUUAAUAGUGUCAAAAAAACUUUUUAUACGAUCUAAUCAAAAUUAACAGAUUAAUCACACAAAUGAAAUAACUACAUUGGCAUUUACGACGUGAUGCAGAUGAAAAUAAUACAUGAUAAAUUUCAGAGGGGUCAUAUCACCUAUAUAUUCGACAAGGAGAUAUCUUGAAAAUUAUAUAUUUUUUGCUAAUUAAUAAUCCUAAUCAAAACGGCAGGUACCACUGUAGGGAAUGAAAAUUACUUGAAGAAUUUUCAGUUAUUUCGUUGACAAUAAUUCUCGAUGCAGUGCAUUGGGCGUUAAAUCAAGGGAAUUGUGGGUAACUCAUGCUCGCAGCUGUGUUUAGUCUACAAAGUUAGUUUUCCAUUAAUUUUUUUUUUCAUGGGUAAUUGGGUGAGCGGCUACCGAGAAUCUCGCUGUUUGAUCAUUGAAUAAUAUUUAUUUCCUAUGAAAGCUUCUAAAUGAUAAAAGUAUAUAUGCAUGGAGCUAAAGUGAAACUUGGGAGUCUCUCAUAUUUAAUUAUUUUUCUUUAUGAGGUUUCAGUAAUUCACGGUUGAAUUACACUCGGAUUUAUGAUGUUGCAGCAUGUGAUUGUACUUCAUAACGGGAGUCCAGUAAUUUAUUCAUUUUUUCGCCUUUUCUUUCACGUGUUAUGUUACUUAUUUAUGCAAUUUCAGUCUCUAGUCCCUAAUUUAUUCCUCUAGUCAGUUUUUUUUCAACAAAAUUAUUCGCUAUCAGAGCUAUUUUAUUAUGCGUUAAAUUAUCAACCUUAUGAAAUAAAAAUGUACUUAAAUUGUUCAUGGGAGCAUAAUAGCAGUAUUACAAUUGGCCAAUUUUUGUGUCAAACACCGUAUAAACCGAUCAGAAAGACUGUUUUUUUUCGUUUCUCAGCGAAACCCACAAAUUAAUUUGAUAAGCAAUUUGUACUUAAUGAGGAGGAAAGAUCAUUCCUUGGUUUACUUAGGUGAUAAUUAUGAUGUAUGACGCAGUAGUCGCAUAUAAUUCCAAUGCCAAUCUCCGUACGCGCGUCCUGAUUAUCACUCGGUUUGCCCUUUCUAGUAUUAGUGUUCUUUGCGUAUUUAUUUUCUCCCAAAGUUUUAUCAUAUUUAUAUUUCAAUUGCCAGUAUCUCAAUACAUUUCUUUUUUGAGGACUCAGCAUUAAAUUGUAACUUUCAUUGUAUUGGGUAUAAUAAUGAUUGUAAUAUCGUCUUUGAUAAUAAAAUAUUCUUCGAUACAA